CUUCUAUGAACUUGCAAAACUGGAAAAAAGGGUAGCUUAGGCUGCCAUAAAGCAGUUGAUGACACGCACUAGAUUUGCUAAAAGAGGCAAUACAUCAACAGUGUGAAUGGAAAGUAUUGUCUAUAUGGCCGUGAGCAUUACCAAGAGGAGGAGCUCAGUGCUGAAAGUCACAAGCUCUCAAGCAGUUGUCCAAGUAAAUAUGUUGGGUGUGCAACCGUUCAGCUGUCUCUUGUGACACUUUGUUCGUCAGAGGUGUUUCUCUUGUAAUCAGGAGACGACUAAAUGACUGAUCCUACUGUACAAGAGAAAAGAGGAGACACAUUUGAAUUGAAUUGGAUUCCUGAACUACCAGGGCGGAGGAGUCUGGAUGGAACUUCAAAUGUUGAGCCGUAAGCGACCUCUGUUUAAUGGAUAUGCAGAGGAGCCUCCGCUCUACACAAAGAAAUGUUUGGUCAGUCUGAAGACUCUGCUGGACAGAUGUGACAGUGACAGAUCCACAGAGCACGCCAGACUACAGACAAGCUGGGGUCACACCUGCACAUCUGAAGUCUGUGUGAAUGGAGGGACAAAACACCUGAAUGACACUGAGAGCUUCUUGGAGCAGAUAUCAUCCUGGGCUGACACACAAUACUCUUUGAAAAAAGUAUUGGAGCAUCUCAAGUUCAGACAAGCCACCGGUGACAUUAUACUCAAUGAGUCAGCCAACAAGAAACUGUUGGAGUUUCACCGUGACAUCACCGAGGAAUGUGGUGCAGAAGAUAAGCAGCAUUCAUGGGCCGUUAUUGAGAAACAAGAGGAGGUAGUCAUGUACGGACCUUAUUAUCCGAACUACAACAACGGAGAACACAGCGAGGAUAUAGUUAUUAAACAAACCCAGGAACUCCUGGAGUCAGAGACGGUCUCAGAGGACUGGAAGGUGUAUGUUUUCACCAUGAACAGCCCGUGUUUGGCUAGAAACACAUAUCCAUGCAUGCUGAACCUGGUUCAGAAAGCUCAGGAGUGGUGGAGCAUGUAUGGAGUAAAGACUCAUAUUGGUUAUGUGAAAUGCUGGGGCUUCAAGGGAACUAAAGAAACCCUGUUCAGGGAUAUUAACUACAGCCAGGUGGACUGUAUGGAUCAAACUGAGGACCAUGAGAGCUACGUUAAAGCAGCUGAAAAGACUGAUCUUAACCCUUUAUGUGAAAGCCUGUUUUCUGCUGUGAAACGCCUCCUGAGAUCUGAGAGUUUAACUUUAAACAUAAUAACCGUGCAGGGGCAGGACUGGAAGAGUUACUUCAAAGGUAUGCAUAGUGUUUUUGAAAGCAAACCAGAAGAAGAGAAAAUAAUCUGCACACAGGAGGCGAACGCCGUGAUCGAAGCUGCACAAGUUCUGCUUUCAGAAAGAAGUGAAAGCUUUGAGAAAUAUUUAGAAAAAGGACGUGCAUUUGCAUUUCAAUACAGCUCACAAGUAUCUGAGACCAUCCAGGAUCAAAUAAGACUCACAUUUCAACUGUGCUGGAAGGAGAUGGUGCAGGAUAAAUAUGCCGAGGUCAUCAGGGAGAAGCUGACUGAAGAUUUCAAUCACUGUACCGUCCAGCUUUUUAUGAAAGAUAUCGUAAAGUUCACAAAAGAAUACCUAGAAAUUGGAAGGAUACAGUUUUCAGAAGAAGCUUUACAGCUGAACUCUUUGCCAACAUGAUGAGGAAGUCUCUAUAAAUAUGUCACACAUGUUUGGUAUGCGUUUGAAGUGGAAUGACUUUUACAGCCAACAUACCAUUUGCAUUAUGUCAAAAUGCUUUGUCUUUAUUAGUUUCCUCAGUACAGCUACAGUUGCGCACAGAGGAAAGGCAUCAGGUAGUGUUAGUGCACACCGAGAAAGUCCACAUCUCUCACUGUGUCUUUACUUACAAUAUAUCACAAAUGGUGUAUUACAAUUAUACUGGAGUGGAGUUUUUUACAUAUAUGCUCAUAUAUUUGUUGGUAAUUACAUGUGGCGAUAUCCCACAUUUACACAUGUUGUCCUCCCAUCCCCCAUGCUUGUCACAAGCAAAUUAAAGCAUUAAGUAUUGGUAACAAUCUGUACAGUCUUGAUACAAUAUACACCAUCAUAAAGUCCAUCAAAGAACCUUCAGCUAAUAGAUAACAGUUAGAUGAUUGUGUGGUUUGGGGUUGUGCCUUUAAUAAUAAAUACUUGCAGGAUUAAAGAGGACCUAUUAUGCAAA